AUGGGCGGCAUGGGUGGUAUGGGCAGAGGGCAGGAUGGGCCCGUCGACACCCGUCUUUAUGAUAUCCUGAAAGUAAGGCCUGAUGCUAGUGAGGAUGACAUUAAGAAGUCAUACCGGAAGCUUGCGAAAGAGUUUCAUCCUGACAAGAAUCCUGAACAUGGCGACAAGUUCAAAGAGAUAAGUUUUGCCUACGAGAUCCUGUCAAAUCCUGAGCGGCGCCGCCUUUACGACGCACGUGGUAUGGAUGGAAUCAAAGAGGGAGGUGGAAAUGGAGGCGGUUUUGGUGCCGACCUCUUCUCACAUAUUUUUGGAGAUGACGAUGAUUCACCGUUCGGCAGUUUCUUUGGAAUGGGCGGUGGCGGAAGACGUCGGGCUCGCCGGAAAUUCCAAGAUACAGUUUAUCCGCUGAAUGUGACGCUUGAAGAGGUUUAUAAUGGAAAAACAGCCAAACUACGUCUAUCGAAGAAGGCUCUUUGUACAAAGUGUAAGGGAACUGGUGGGAAGACCGGUCAGACCUAUGAAUGCCAUUCAUGUCGUGGUCGAGGAGUUAAGAAUGUCGUGCAGCAGAUUGGUCCAGGAAUGAUUCAGCAAAUGCAAGUUAGGUGUCCGGAUUGCCGCGGAGAAGGGUCCAGAAUUCCUGAAGCAGAUAAGUGUUCUAACUGCAAAGGGGAGAGAAGUGAGGAAGUGAAGAAAAUUCUGGAGGUACAUGUUGAACCAGGGAUGAGGCAUAACGACAAGAUAACAUUUCCUCGUGAAGGAGAUCAGUCCGACCCAGAUGUUGAACCAGGUGAUGUUGUAAUAGUUAUUCAAGUGAAACAGCAUGAUGUAUUCGAGAGAGAAGGCGAUGAUCUCAUUGCGAAAAAAACUAUUUCACUGAACGAGGCUUUGUGCGGGUAUGAAAUUCCAUUAAAACACCUUGACGGUCGUACUCUAAUUCUGAAGAACAAGCCGGGAGACAUAAUAACGCCAGAUUGCAUUCGUGGUAUUGUUGGUGAAGGUAUGCCGCAAAGGCGCCACCAUGAUAUUCGUGGAAAUCUUUACGUGAAAUUUGAUGUCACUUUCCCAAGUGAUCAUUUUCUUGAGGAUGAAGAAAAAUAUAAGGUGAUUGAAUCUGCUUUCCCACCAGUUCGGAAGGUCCCACAACCUCCAAAUGGCGAAGAGGUUUCUUUAAUGGAAUACGACGAGAAGCGAUAUCGUGGUGGAAAAGGAGGACAAGCUUACGAAGAAGAUGGAGUGUGUUCUGUUGCAAAUGUCAUGGAGUUACCAGAUGUAGUUAAGGAAAAAUUAAUAGAGUUGGACGACGAGAACAAACAACUACGAGCGGAAGUGUGCAGACUUCGCGCCACAAUAACCAACAAGGAUGCAAUUUUGAAUGAAUUAGAAGAGGAGAAUGUUCAGUUACGCGAAGCGAAACAGAAUGAAACAUCAGGAUGCUCUAAGUGUGCAAAUUUGGAAUUAACUGUUACUAAUCUGAAUUUAGUACUAGAUGAGAAGAAUCGAGAAUGUUGUAAAAUGGAGGAACGAAUAGAAGUUCUGACGACCUCGUUAACCUCUUCACAAGAUGAAAUUGAUGAGCUUCGAAGAGCUCGCACGCCCUUAUCUCCGGAACAGAGCACAAUCAGUGAGCCAGCAAACAAUGAUGAGAUGAUGCGUGUGCAAGAAGAGAGAGACGAUGCUCUCUUUGAGCUAGAGAAAGCAAAAUAUCGAAUUAAUGCCCUGGAACAGGAACGAGACGAUCUCGGUGAUCGUGCUGACGCUGCCAACGCCGAAAUACGAGACAUGACUAGGCAUCUUAAAGAGCUCCGCGAACAGUUACACGGAAUGGAGGCUGAACUCGCCGCUUCUCGUAACAGUGUUAGCAUUGCUAAUCGCGGAAAUUCUAUGUUUGCUGAGUUUGCUGAAGAACGUGUCAGACUGGAGGCGGAUAUGAAAUCUUUGUUCUCGAAGUAUGAAGCAGUUAGAAUGCAAAACUACCAGCUUUCAAAUGAGCUGGACGAAGCUCGGUUGUUAGCUCUGCGAAGGACAAGAAACGAAGGAACUGCUCGUUGUCGAUGCCAUGAACUCUCGCCAGAGUUGAUUCAUUUAAGACUGAGAACCCAAACGUUAGAAGAUCGUCUGGCAAAAGCAAGAAAUGAGCUUGUUGAUAUGGCAAGAGUAACGAAGGGGAUUGAUCCACGGUUGAAGAGUUUCUAUAGAUCGUUGAAGAUAGAGAUGGAAUCUCUUCGUCAAGAACGCGACAAAUAUCGAGAGGAACGAGAUAAACUUGUAGACGAGAAGGCUACACUCAUGGUGCGAGUUGCCAAUGCUGAAAAAUCACUGGAUUAUGCGAAUGAUGACGUGGAAAGCCUAAAGUUGCAGUUAGCUAUGGUGAAAGAACGUGAUCAGAAGAAAGACGCUACGAAAGUUGCGGAAAUGAUGAAUGGUGGAAGUGAGAAUGAAUUGCUCCGGCUAUCAACAAUACUCUCCGCAGCGAAAUCUACUCCUGCGUCUCGUUGCGAACCAGUCGUUCCUGCUGAAUUGUCGUGCAGACAGGAAGAUUUACAAAGCAUCCAGAUUCCACCUAGUACACCACUGGUUCCUACUGAACAACAUUGCUCAUUCAAUAGCACGUUCGACAUUAGCGAAAGAUUACCAACCGAAGUUCGGCUGAAGAAAUUGAGGUUUGCUGAUACCGAUCAAAAUGAGAAGGAAGAAGCGCAAAGAAGAGAGUCAAUAAGUGCCAGUGAACUUCGAAGAAUCGCUCGAAAGCAAGCCCGUCGGGCACACUCUAAAGUGCUUCCGAUAGGAGAACCAAUAUUUAAAGUUGCCGCAAAGAUUAUAAACCCAAGUGCCGUAUCUGGGAAGCAAGAGAGGGAGAAAAGUCCACAAAAAUCUUUGGAGGCUGUCGGGCUGUCGUGUUCCACAAAAGGAAAAGGAUCGCAAUUUGAAGGCGAAGGUUCCUUGAUGGACUGCAAUACUACUUCUGAAACCUACGAUGAGAAUAAAUUCGACCAAACCUUGGCAUCUAAGCUUUCACAUAAAGAAAGUCAGCAGAAACUUGAAGAAGUCCGGUUCCUGUCAGAAAUAACAGGAAAUGAUGACGAAUUUGAGAUGAACUUCUCGUUUAAAAAACGUUCUUUGACAGAUGUCGGUGAUUUCAAUAAGACCUCGUUAGAAGACGUUCCAGAAGAGAAAGAGAAUGAUCUUUCAUGCAAAUCCUCUCAAGGACGGCGGAGGAGGAGCUAUUCUUUGGAAACAGGCGGAACCUGUUCAAAUUUCCUCUGCUCCGCGUACAUGGCUACUAAGGAAACCAAGACGAAAUCUCGGAGGAGAAUUCGCUCAAGCUCGGGUCCAAUUAAGAUUGACACGGUUGUAAAAGAGAGCGAUGAGAAGUAUCAGGAGAUGUUUACCCAUCCACUUUGUGAAACGACCGGUACAGCUGGAUCCGGUGGGAAAGGUGUUGAAAAUCGAGAAAUUGCGACUACUCUUCCUCGCGUCCUAAAAAAGGUAACUGAAUGGUUCGGCUCUAGUGGUACUCCUAUCGAAGAUGAACCAUUUUACCACGGUUACAUGGAAAGAAAAGAAGCAGAACGAUCUCUCACAAAAGUCGGAGAGUUUAUAGUACGCAAAGCAAUGAUAAGGAAAAAUGAGGGUUACAUUGUAUCCAUACGUACAAAGGAUCAAGUGCUGCAUUUACAUAUUCAAGAACUACAAAACUUAUACUGGUUACAAACGUAUUGUUUCACAUCUAUAUCGGAUCUUAUUCGGUAUCAUCAGGCUCAGAAAGUUCCGAUUUAUGGAAAUGACAUCAUAUUGCAGUCAUUUGUCCAACGCGAGCAAUGGCAGCUAUACCAUGAACAGGUGGCUUUGGGCAGUCGUCUUGGACAGGGCGAGUUUGGAGACGUUUUUUUGGGGUCACUCACUGUUGGUCUCUUCACUAAACCAAUUAAAGUCGCAGUGAAAACUCUGAAAGAAGGUUCAUUAAGUAGUGACGACAGGAUUACUUUCCUUCGCGAAGCGAAUGUGAUGCUGAAACUUCAACAUAAACAUGUGGUUCGGUUAUAUGGGGUAGCAACACAGAAGGAGCCAAUAAUGAUUGUCAUGGAACUUGCUGCAGGUGGUUCUCUUCUUGACAAAGUAAGGAAAACGAAAGUAGACGUAACUCGGAAAAGAAAAUACUGUUAUCAUGCAUUUUGCGGAAUGGAGUAUCUUGAAUCGCAACAAGUCAUUCAUCGCGAUCUUGCUGCGAGAAACUGCUUGAUUGGCUCCUCUGAUACAUGCAAGAUUAGCGACUUCGGGCUUUCCCUUCUAGGUCGGCAUCACAAGGAGAAACAUAUGACUAGGGUUCCAGUAAGAUACUCGAAUAAGUCGGAUGUGUGGAGCUGCGGAGUGUUAAUGUUUGAAGUGUUCACAGAUGGUGAAGUACCCUACAAAGAAAUUCAAGUUCUACGCGAUGUACGAAUAGCAGUGAUGCGUGGACUUCGACUGAAGCCACCACCUGAUAUGCCCGCAGAUGACGCAGCCAUAAUGCUGCAGUGCUUCGAAACGGAUCCGGAUGUUAGGAUGUCGUUUGCUCAGCUUAGAUCAAGUUAUAAAUCAGCUUGCUCAUCUAACUUCCUAACGAAAAUCGCUGAUUUGUUCAAAUCGGAGAAGGCAGAGGAGACAACUGUCAAUACAUAA